UGCAUUUCUCUUUGAUGGCUGUCUUUUGUUUAAAGAUGAUAAUUUAGUUAUUUGAUUUAUAUUUUUACCUGCAGGACGUGUCUGGCUCUGCUUACGAUCAUUUUAGAGCUAAACUUGCACAAUCUAUUACGCAUUGGGCUUUCAACAGUAUUCGCCACCUUAAUAUCAUAAAAUCAGCCUUUAUGAUGCAGAACAGCAACUGUGGACAUUAUGGUCCAACAAUAAAUAGAAAUAAAAAUGUGUGUGAAAUUUCUGGUGUUGUUUAAACAAAAGGAUCAGUUGUCUUAAAAAUGUUAUUAUUUAGCAGGAAAAGUUUAAUUUGUGCUAACAUACAGAUAAAAUGUUACAUCUCUGUGUUUUCUAGUGCCUUCGUGAUGAAAUGUGUCAGAGAAAUGGCAGCUUUCUCAUUCAAAUAAAUAAUAUUAUAGUAAAGAUCUGUAAAGAUAAUUAUUGUUUGAGCACAGUUCAGGUGGUAAAGUACUCAAAAGGUAGUUAUUUUUUAGUUCACCAUCAUUUUCUUCAAACUGAGCAGCCAAAGAUAACGGGAUGCUGCAUUCAAUUGUAGGGAGAAAAUCUGAAAAUUGCAACUUUUCUUUUGUCGGUUGAGUCCCGCUGUAAUCCCCCGUGCUAAAUAAAAAACAUUACUCUUUUUUUUUCCUAAAAGCUUCGGUUAAACUUUGUAAUAAGGUUCAAGAAUGGCUUAAAUUCUACAUAACAUGCCUGUUUUUUAUUUUAUAUUUUCUUUAUUAGAUUUAAAGCAAAAAUAACACAGCUGUCACAUCAGCUCUGCCUUAGGCUGUUGUGUUAUCGUUAUUUUAGAUUUGGUCUUCUUGCAUUUUAUGGAUCACCUUUAAAAUAAAUGACUAAUUCAAAUGUGCACAGAGUAUUCUACUUUUGGUACAUUUGGAGUUAUUUUUGUUUAUAUUUUUUAUUCAGUUCUGGAAAAGAAAGCAAAAGUUAAUUUGGGUUAUUUUAUAAGAGCCUGAAGGGAAAUCCAUACUUUGAGUAAACCUGUGCCAGAAUAUUCAGAAUUUACUUAGAAAGUGUUUAAAUACAUGUAGUUUCGUCAGAAUUUCUGUAACAAACCAGCGGGCACGUCUGCUCCUGCACAAGAGUGUCGUAAGCUAGACAGAUCAGGAAAUGCAGAACUGUUGUUGUUUGGUGCUUCUCUAAACUAAACACGUUUUUAGUCAUUUCCUCUGCUCAGAUGAAGUCGUGGAAAGUAGUUUUUAUCAGUUUACCCACAGCUUUGAGGAACUGCAUGCUCAUGUAACAGUUUUCCAUGCAGAACUUGAAUGACGGCUGAUUUAAACCCUGAUCGUCGCAGGUCUGAAGCGAUUUCGUCCUCCAGUUCCAAACCGGACAGCAGAUCUGAGCUGAGUGUUGAUCAGAACCAAGGCCCAACCACAGUCCAUCAGCGGCAUCGGGAGACCUGGGAUGGAGAAGAUCAGGAGAAGCCAGACACAGAGGAACCCGGGAGGAUCCGUGCAGUUCCGAUCCACCAGCGUCCGGACCUGCUGGUUCCCUGUGCAGAUCUGGUCAACUCUGAGUGGCAGAGGAGCCAGGCAGCUCGGGUCCACUCCCUCCAGAAGUCCUGUUCAGAGUUUCCUGUAUGUCUGGUUCUUCUGCAGGGAGAAAGGGGGUCAGAGAGGCUGCUGGGCCACGUCCGGCUAACCCGGGUGGUCAGCCACAGCAGCGGCCUGUUCGUGGAGUCUGUAGUCGUGUCCAAGGAGGAGCGAGGAAAAGGCUACGGACGGAUUCUAAUGGAGGAGACGGAGCGCUAUGCUAAACGCAGAGGCUUCAAGCGCCUGAGCCUGACCACCCACGAUAAGCAGCACUUCUACGCCCAUCUGGGCUACGUGCUGUCCACGCCGGUCCAGAGCUCAGGCGCCGUGAUGGCCCUGGUUCCCAUGGCGAUGCUCAUGAAGAUCUCCAGUGUCCCAAGUGGAGAGCAGAGCUGCAAAAACAAAACUGUCUCAAAGAUGGAUGUUUCAGGGGGUGCUGAUGUAUCAUCUCCAUCUGCUAGUUUACAAACUCCUCCCCCUCCUCCUCCACCGCCUCCUCCCCCCAUCCAUCCUCCACCGCCUCCUCCCCCCAUCCAUCCUCCACCUCCUCCACCUCAGUCUGCAGGGCAGCUGCAGACUCAAACUCUGACCAAAACUCCUUACAGAGACAUUAAAGGAGUUCCCAUCUUCUGGAUGCACAAAGACAUUUAAUGAACCAAACAGAUUUUAUGUCAAAUUAAAACAUCCGUCAUAAAAUUACUCCCAGCUCUCUGGAACCAUCCACAUUUAGAUUCUAAAGUUGUGUAUUUACUCUUCUGUUAGAUAAAAAAGGCUCUUUUUGCUCAUUUAUGAACUGAUAAAUCCCCGUCUAGAUGAUUUGAUGCCGAAACAUUCAGAUACAAAGUGCCUUUUUGAACAAUAAUGAAGAAUUAUUGAAAUAAAAAGAUUUGAGCAUA